UUGGCCGAGGCAGGGCCCACGUGACCCACCCAUGGUCCCAAGCGAGGCCUGGCGCGGGACGUCGGACGCGAUCAAAAGCAGCAUGGAUCUGCCUGUGGAUGAGUGGAAAUCAUAUCUGCUUCAAAAGUGGGCUUCACUCCCGACGUCUGUUCAGGUCACAAUUUCUACAGCAGAGACCUUGAGGGAUAUCUUUCUUCACUCCUCUUCACUUCUUCAACCUGAGGAUGAGCUGUUUCUAAAAAGACUUUCUAAAGGUUACUUGGUGGGAAAGGACUCAGACGCUCCUCUUUUCUACAGAGAAGAAGGAAACAAAAAAUUUCAGGAGAAAGAUUACACAGGAGCUGCAGUGCUGUACUCUAAGGGAGUGUCACAUUCAAGGCCUAACACUGAGGACAUGUCACUGUGUCAUGCUAACCGCUCGGCAGCCCUCUUCCACCUGGGUCAGUAUGAGACGUGUCUUAAAGACAUUAACAGAGCACAGACACAUGGGUAUCCAGAAAGAUUGCAACCCAAGAUCAUGUUACGUAAAGCAGAAUGUCUGGUGGCCCUGGGGAGACUGCAGGAGGCAAGCCAGACCAUCAGUGAUCUUGAAAGGAACUUCACAGCCACACCAGCCCUAGCAGAUGUCCGCCCUCAGACUCUGCAGAGAAACCUCCAUCGUCUGAAAAUGAAAGUACAAGAAAAGGACAGUCUCACAGAAAGCUUCCCAGCAGCUCUGGCCAAAACCCUUGAGGAUGCGGUGCUGAGGGAGGAGAAUGAACAACUUCCCAGUGCCUCAUCAUCCAUCGGCUUAUGUGUAGAUCCUUUAAAAGGUCGCUAUCUCGUUGCCACAAAAGAUAUUCUCCCAGGAGAGCUCCUGGUGAAGGAGGAUGCUUUUGUGAGUGUUCUCAACCCAGGAGAACUGCCACCACCGCAUCACGGCCUAGACAGCAAAUGGGACACCAGAGUCACCAAUGGGGACCUCUAUUGUCACCGAUGUUUGAAGCAUACUUUGGCCACAGUUCCGUGUGACGGAUGCAGUUAUGCCAAGUAUUGCAGCCAGGAGUGUUUGCAGCAGGCCUGGGAGCUCUACCACAGGACAGAAUGUCCUCUCGGGGGGCUUCUUCUCACAUUGGGUGUCUUUUGCCACAUUGCCCUGAGGUUGACUCUUUUGGUGGGAUUUGAGGAUGUUCGCAAAAUCAUAACGAAGCUUUGUGAUAAGAUUAGUAACAAGGACAUCUGUUUACCUGAAAGCAACAAUCAGGUCAAGACACUUAAUUAUGGCCUAGGGGAGAGUGAGAAAAACGGCAACAUCGUUGAGACCCCAAUUCCUGGAUGCGAUAUUAAUGGGAAGUAUGAAAAUAAUUAUAAUGCUGUCUUCAACCUUUUGCCCCACACUGAAAACCAUAGCCCAGAGCACAAAUUCCUCUGUGCUCUCUGUGUUUCUGCACUGUGCAGACAGCUAGAAGCAGCCAGUCUACAGGCCAUCCCAACUGAGAGGUGUGUGAACUCCUCUCAGCUUAAAGCAGCAGUGACACCUGAGUUGUGUCCUGACGUGACUAUUUGGGGAGUGGCGAUGCUGAGACACAUGUUACAGCUUCAGUGUAAUGCUCAGGCGAUGACCACCAUACAACACACAGGAUCUAAAGGGAGCAUCGUUACCGACAGCAGGCAGGUGCGCCUUGCCACAGGCAUCUUCCCUGUUAUCAGCCUCCUGAACCACUCCUGUUGCCCCAAUACCAGCGUGUCCUUCAUUAGCACUGUCGCCACCAUCCGGGCGUCACAGCGGAUUCGAAAGGGGCAAGAGAUUCUCCACUGCUAUGGGCCUCACAAGAGCCGGAUGGGGGUUGCCGAAAGGCAGCAGAAGCUGAGGUCUCAGUAUUUCUUUGACUGCGCCUGUCCAGCUUGUCAAACUGAGGCACACAGGAUGGCUGCAGGGCCCAGGUGGGAAGCAUUCUGUUGCAACAGUUGCGGAGCGCCCAUGCAGGGAGAUGACGUGCUGCGCUGUGGCAGCAGAUCUUGUGCAGAAUCUGCUGUCAGCAGGGACCACCUGGUCUCUCGGUUACAGGACCUUCAGCAGCAGGUCAGAGUGGCCCAGAAGCUUCUCAGAGAUGGUGAACUAGAGCGAGCCGUUCAGCGGCUGUCGGGGUGCCAGCGUGAUGCCGAGAGCUUCCUGUGGGCAGAGCACGCCGUGGUGGGAGAGAUCGCGGAUGGCCUGGCCCGGGCCUGUGCUGCCUUAGGAGACUGGCAAAAGUCAGCCACCCAUCUACAGAGGAGUCUCUGCGUGGUGGAGGUUCGCCACGGGCCGUCCAGUGUUGAAAUGGGCCAUGAGCUCUUCAAAUUGGCCCAGAUCUUUUUCAAUGGGUUUGCAGUACCCGAAGCCCUGAGCACAAUACAGAAAGCUGAGGAGGUUCUGUCGCUGCACUGUGGCCCAUGGGACGAUGAAAUCCAGGAGCUCCAGAAGAUGAAAUCCUGUUUGUUGGACUUACCACCUACCCCUGUAGGGCCUGCAGUGUAGGGUCCCAGGAGGAUUUUGACCCACAGAAAAGGAGGCCAUGGAACACAAGUUAAAGAGGUUUUGCUGGCCAGGUGUGGUGGCUCACGCCUGUAAUCCCAGCACUUUGGGAGGCUAAGGUGGGCGGAUCACCUGAUGUCAGGAGUUCAAGACCAGCCUGGCCAACAUGGUGAAACCCCAUCUUUACUAAAAAUACAAAAAACUAGCCGGGCGUGGUGGUGGGCGCCUGUAAUCCCAGCUACUUGGGAGGCUGAGGCAGGAGAAUCUCUUGAACCCAGGAGGCGGAGGUUGCGGUGAGCCGAGAUCGCUCCACUGCACUCCAGCCCAGGUGACAAUGUGAGACUCCAUCUCAAAAAAAUAAAAAAUAAGAGGCCGGGUGCGGUGGCUCACAGCUGUAAUCCCAGCACUUUGGGAGGCCGAGGCGGGCGGAUCACAAGGUCAGGAGAUCGAGACCAUCCUGGCUAACACGGUGAAACCCCGUCUCUAUUAAAAAUACAAAGAAUUAGCCGGGCGUGGUGGCAGACGCCUGUAGUCCCAGCUACUUGGGAGGUUGAGGCAGGAGAAUGGCAUGAACCCGGGAGGAAGAGCUUGCAGUGAGCCGAGAUCGCACCACUGCACUCCAGCCUGGGCGACAGAGCCAGACUCCGUCUCAAAGAAAAAAAAAAAAUAUUAAGAGGUUCUGCUGCCAGAUGUGGGUUCUGUGGGUCGGGUGUGGGUUCUACAGACCAGGUGCGGAUUCUGUGUAGGUUCUGCAGGCCCAGUGUAGAGGCUCACACCUGUAAUCCCAGUACUGUGAGUUGGCCAGGUGCGGAGGCUCACGCCUGUAAUCCCAGUACUUUGAGACGCUGAGGUGGGAGGAUCACUUGAGCCCAGGAGUUCAAAACCAGCCUGGGCAAUAUAGUGAGACCGUAUCGCUACAAAAAAAUUUUUUUAAUUCACCAAGCAUGGUGGCACAUGCCUGUAGUCCCACCUACUUGAGAAGCUGAGAUAGGGUCACCUGAGCCUGGUAGGCUGAGGCUGCAGUGAGCCAAGAUCGCACUACUGCACUCCAGCCUGGGUGACAGAGUAAGACCCUGCCUCAACAAAAAAAAUAACAGGUUCUGUUGCUGCUGAGCUUUCGUCAGGAAGAUAAGACUUUCCCAACAGUCCGAAGCCUAGGAUAUGAGGGCUGGGGAGGACUCAGAAACCGUUGCAGUCAGAGAGACACCUAUUUUGGUGAAUAUUUUUUGAAAUAGUUAAGUGGCCUCCAACACAAACUCCCAGUUCCCAGAAAAGACUUAAAACUAAUAUCUGGAGAUUCCAAGUCCUUUAAAAGGAUUUUAGCUGAUCUGCAGGCAUCUGGAUGUUAGCCUGGGGUUUUGGCUGGAUUCCGCCUCGCUCAAUGAUGAUAGUCUGUUUCCCUGGAACAUUCCUGUGGUUUUAGUAGUAAUGAGAUGUGCGCACCACUCCAGUGGGAACUGAAACUCUUAGUAGUUACAUUGUAAUUAAAAAAUAAUUAUAAAACAAGAAAUCAGCAAGCCUGCUUACCUCCAGAGACACACCGUUCCACUUACAGUAUCUAGCUUCCUCGACUCCUUUGUUAAAAUCGUGGAGUAUGAACUGUGACUAGAGAAGUAAAUAUGGAGCCGUUUUAUUGAGCAGUUUCCUCCAGGGAUGACGGCUGUCAGUGUGUUUCCUGCCAGUUUUCCAGUCCUUACUCUCUGCCCUUCAUUCUGUACUCUUGGCAGAGUCAGUAACCAACCACUAAUAAAAUCAAAGUUGUAGUAAAGACUUUAUAACACAUAUGCCCUCCUUCUGAGUUGUUGGGGGUUUUUUUUGUUUUUUUUUUUGAGAUGGAGUUUCACUCUUGUUGCCCAGGCUGGAGCGCAAUGGCGCGAUCUUGGCUUACGGCAACCUCUGCCUUCCGGGUUCAAGUUAUUCUCCUGCUUCAGCCUCCCGAGUAGCUGGGAUUACAGGCGCCCGCCACCACGCCUGGCUAAUUUUGUAUUUUUAGUAGAGACGGGAUUUCACUAUGUUGGUCAGGUUGGUAUCAAACUCCCGGCCUCAGGUGAUUUGGCCUCCCAAAGUGCUGGGAUUACAGGCGUGAGCCCGGCGCUUUUUUUUUUUCUUUUCUUUUUCUUAAGACAGAAUCUCCCUCUGUCACCAAGGCUGGAGUACAGUGGCACAGUCUUGGCUCACCGCAACCUCUGCCUCCCAGGUUCAAGUGAUUCUGCUGCCUCAGCCUCCUGAGAAGCUGGGAUUACAGGCAUGCGCCAGUACGCCUGGCUAAUUUUGUAUUUUUAGUAAAGACGGGAUUUCUCCAUGUUGGCCAGGCUGGUCUUGAGCUCCCGACCUCAGGUGAUCCGCCCGCUUCGGCCUCCCACAGUGCUGGGAUGACAGGCGUGAGCCACCGUGCCCGGCCCUGAGUUCUAUUUGUUGUCAAGCCUGAAAAGAGACUCCUUUUCUCCACCAGACCUCUCCAAACUGGCGAGUAGAAUACAGACAGUAUGAGAACUGGAGGCUGCAGGGGAUUCUAACAAUGCUGAGGGUAUGGACGUUGCUGUUUGUGGUUCAGAUUUAAGAGACAGAAGGCAGAAGGUAGGGAUGAUGGCUGCCUUCCACCAGGAUGUGUAGCGACAGCCCAGACCCUGUUCCAGUCAGAAGGUUACGGGAUUCUCUAGGUCGGAACCCUGGUUGCUGUGUUACCACUGGUGACCAAGUAGUUCAGGUGCAUUCGUGGAAAAGAAUGCUAGAUCCAUGCUGCUUUUGAAAGCUUGCCCACCCUCACCAUGCCCAAGUGCCCAUUGGUUGCCAUUGCAUUAUGAUCAGGAAAUCAGUAGCCCCAGAGAUACCUGGCAAUAGCUUUGUGAGAAUCUGGAAUACAGUUAGCACUCAAACAUUUGUAGAAUGAAGGGCAGUAGAAUUAUCAUUUUUCCUCCUGUCUAAUAACUGUGACAAGGGAGUGGCUGGUGACUUUUUUUGGUAGAGCUUUUUCAAGAAAAAGUUUAGUAAGAAAAAGUUGAGUCCUGCAGAGAGUUCGGUAGUUAUUCUACUUCAGACACUGGCCAUGUUUCAUGUUCUUCAAAAAACCCAGUUAUACUUUGGUUUUUUGUUGUUUGAGACGGAGUUUUGCUCUUAUUGCCUAGACUGGAGUGCAAUGGCGUGAUCUCGGCUCACUGCAACCUCCUCCUCCCGGGUUCAAGUGAUUCUCCUGCGUCAGCCUCCCGAGUAGCUGGGAUUACAGGCAUGCACCACCACACCCUGCUAAUUUUGUAUUUUUAGUACAGACGGGGUUUCUCCAUGUUGGUCAGGCUGGUCUCAAACUCCUGACCUCAGGUGAUCCGCCCGCCUCGGCCUCCCAAAGUGCUGGGAUUAUAGCCAUGAGCCAUCACACCCGGCUGUACUUUGUAAAAUAGGCAUACCUCCUUACAAAGAAUAUGUUCAGAAUCUUUA